CCUGUCUUGUUAUUACGCAGUCGUGAUUCUGACGGCGGCCAACCGACAGCUGAGGCAAGAAAGGAGCCAAGAAAAGGCCAAAUAUGGCUGUGAAGAACAGCCGCAGUUGAGCAAGUCAGAAGUAUCCAAAACUACCCAAGCUCCAAAAAACUGACCGCAGACAACAGGAAGCUGGGAGUGCCUCAUCUACAAUCAAAAGAUGAUGUUUUGGUAUGAGGAAACCCAUACCAGUCAAAACGUGCAUGUAAACCACUGAUCCUACCCUAACCUGGAGCUCCAGAAGAAGGGCUUGUCAAGCAUCGAAUCCCAUACAGGAGCGAUUGUGCUCUUCACUGAGACCGUACCUGAAAGCAGCGAUAACCAUCUGGCCUGGGGGCAGCAAACUUCCGACGAAUCACCAUGAUUGACUUGAGCUUCUUGACGGAGGAAGAGCAACAGAUCAUUUUGACUGUCCUGAAAAGAGACGCUGAGCUCAAGAGGGCCGAAGAGCUUCGUGUCAAGAACUUACAGAAGUCAGUGACUGACAAAGGUCAGCUUAAGUACCUGACUGGAGAAUGGUUUUACGAGACCAAGAUGGUGCGGCAUCAGGACCGCAUCCAUGGCUCCGAUAUUAUACGGGCCUCCAUGAGACAGAGACAGAAACCUCUGACCAUCCUGGAGGUUUCACAGAUAUGGCCUGAGCAAGCCAGCUUUGUAAGUAGUGAGAACCAGGAUGUGUACAUCCCACCCGUACUCUGUGGACUCAUAGAGGAGCCACCUGUGCAGUUCACCAGUGAAAGAGAUAACAUUUGGAAUCCAUAUGAAAAGCCACAAGAGGUGCUCAAACCAGUUUUACAGUCACCUACAAAGCAAAGACAGAAUCCUUUCAACAGCGAGCCUGUUGCACCUACCAGUGUGCUGGACAAGCAGAGCCAGUCUGCAGACACGUCACUGGAACAAAGUCAGACAUUUGAUGGAGGUCCAUGUGAACAAGGUCACAUCGAGCUUCUUAAUCCUCAAGUGUCCAACCUUUCAACUGGGCAGGCGCCAGGUAAGCCUGUUCAUCAGGCGACAGGGCCUGAAGAGGACGGUCACUCUAAAGGUUAUGAUGAUGAUUCUAGCCCCUUAAGAUCAGCGUUGAAACAGAUGUCUUCAAGGCCCACAUCCAUGUCUUCAUCUAAAAGUCUAGAGAACCUCACCUCGCAAACAACAAGUGAACAAAGCAGUAAAAGUGCCCUGAUAAGACAAGUGAAUCGAAGUGUGGAUGAUGUUUCUGCCAUUCCGCCAUCAGCCUUCUCUAUUGUUGACCCAGAGCCGGUGAGACACGAUGAACCAGUGGCUGAUUUCCAGCAAGAGGAGAUGGACAGUGACAGCACUUCAGAGAACACCAUGGCCUGGAGGAGAAAUACUGGGAGCUCCAUGUCUAACAUUAGCAUCUCCUCUGGCAUGUCCUCUAUCAGCGGUAGUAUGGGCAGCCUUUACCCCGUCGACGUUGGUGACGUUGAAGUCCAGGGCACCAUCCAGUUUGCUGUGAACUAUGUCCAAAAAGUGGGAGAGUUCCACAUCUUCGUGGUCCACUGCCAUGACCUGGCCGUGGCCGAGCCCAAGAAGAGCCGCUCUGAUCCGUAUGUAAAAUGUUAUCUUCUUCCUGACAUAACAAAGAUGGGAAAGAGGAAGACCAGUGUUAAAAAGAAGACACUGAAUCCCACCUACAAUGAAAUUCUUCAGUUCAAAGUCACAAUGGAGGUGUUGAGAACACAAAAGCUCAACGUCUCGGUGUGGCACAAUGACACAUUCGGGCGGAAUACCUUCCUUGGAGAGGUGGAUGUGGAUUUGUCACGAUGGGACUUCAGCAACACAGAGAUGAAUGUGUACACCUUAAAAGCCAGGGUCUCGUCACAGCUCGGAACGACCUCGCUCUCCCCGGCAACGGACAAGAGAGGCCUGAUGAGAGUAGCGCUGCGGUUUUUACCACAGAUAUCCCAGAGUAAGAAAACAUCCAAGAUGGAGACCGGUGAGGUGCAGAUCUGGGUGAAAGACUGCAAGAACCUUCCACCGGUCAGAGGUGUCAUUAUUGACCCGUUUGUGAAAUGCACGGUACUUCCUGAUACAAGCAGGAAAAGCCGACAGAAAACCCGAGUGGUGAAGAGGACCACCAACCCCAUGUUCAACCACACCAUGGUGUAUGAUGGCUUCCGACCAGAGGACCUCAAAGAGGCCUGUGUGGAGCUCACAGUAUGGGAUCACGACCGUCUGAAUAAUCACUAUAUUGGGGGCCUUAGGCUUGGCCUUGGAACAGGUAAAAGUUAUGGGGCAGAAGUGGCGUGGAUGGACUCAACGACGAACGAGGCAUAUCUGUGGCAGAGGAUGAUGCAGAGUCAUGGUGAAUGGGUGGAGGAUGUCUUACCUCUGAGAAUGCUGGUGAUGGCAAAAAGCAUGUCAAAAUGAGAGCGAGCAGCGUAUACUGAUAACUGUGCAGGCAUUCUGUAGUUGUGAAUGUUGAUGCAUCUGCAAACCACACAGUACAAAGUACAGAUGAAGUGAGCUGGUCAGUUCUGUGCUGGGUUACGGAUGAUGACUGAGUUAGAAAUUACUGCGAUGUUUUCAGUGUCUUAAUGAUCCACAUUUACUUGUCCAUUCAGCUGCAUCU